AUGGAUGGAAAGAAGGAAGUGUUUUUCUUUAUUUCAACCCGACAUUGUUCCAUUCGCAGCUGGCGGCCAUCAAGUUUCCGACCCCGAGUUCCGACCAAAUUGGCUACUACGCUCGGUACUCUCGGUACUCUCGGUGCUCUCGGUGCUCUCGGUGCUCUCGGUCCUCUCGGUACAAUAUGUAGGAUACCUACUCCCUACCCAACACCUCUCAUCCCAAAACCAAUUGCAAUGCUGCGGCGGCAGCAGCAGCGCGCUGUCUCCCUUGCGCAGUCGACGCCGCGAAACCCCCAUCUAUUCCGAAGCCCGUCAAGUCUGACCAGCAGAUUACCAAACAAACGACCUUACCAUUCCUUCCGCAACUCUCUCCGGCCGACGCCGUCGUCCUCCCAGGCGCAAUGGCAGCAGCUUCUCCGCCAGCAGGCAGUGCGCUUCGUGACCGGCAAACCUCUUCCACAGCGACGAUCGUGGGCUUUGAACUUCGCCUACAGAUCAGCGGCAUGGCUUGGAGGCUCGGUCAUAUUCGUGGGCUUUGCUGUGGUGGCAUUCUUCGUCUACGAUGCCUCGACCUACCGGGAGGACCUAUCAUUCCGAGAUAUCCAGGUAUCUGAAGUCGCUCUGAGCCCUCGACGGGGUGGUCCGAAGAACCUGCCGAUCGCAGAGGUUCAGAUCGACGAUGACGAUUGCGUGGAGAUGCAAAGGCAGAAGGACAAGCCGAAAUUGGUUAUUCUGGGAGGUGGAUGGGGAAACGUUGCGCUGCUCAAGACUCUGAACCCAGAAGAAUACCACGUUACGCUGGUCUCACCGACAAAUUACUUUCUCUUUACGCCCAUGCUGCCCUCUGCCACGGUUGGGACUUUGGAAUUCCGCUCCCUGGUUGAGCCGAUUCGUAGAAUUAUCGGCAGGGUCCGCGGCCACUUCCUGCGAGCAUCGGCAGAGAACGUCGAGUUUUCGGAGAAGCUUGUGGAAUUGUCCCAAACCGACAUCAACGGCAAGGAAGUCCGCUUCUACCUUCCGUACGACAAGUUAGUUAUCGGUGUAGGAUCGACUACAAACCCCCAUGGCGUGAAGGGGCUGGAAAACUGCCACUUCUUGAAAGACAUUGAGGACGCACAAAAGAUCCGGAAUCAUAUCCUCACGAAUCUGGAAUACGCUUGUCUUCCUACCACGCCCGAUGAGGAGAGGAGGCGUUUGCUCUCUUUCGUUGUCAGUGGAGGUGGCCCUACUGGUGUAGAAUUUGCAGCCGAGCUUUUUGAUCUGCUCAACGAAGAUCUUACAGCCCACUUCCCCAAGAUCCUCCGAAAUGAGGUCUCCGUACAUCUUAUCCAGAGCAGGGGACACAUCUUGAACACCUACGAUGAGACUCUUUCAAAGUAUGCCGAGGAGAGAUUUGCUCGUGACCAGGUUGAAAUCCUCACCAACUCCAGGGUCAAGGAGGUGAGACCUGAUAAGAUCUUGUUCACUCAAAAGGGAGAGAACGGAGAGACGGUCACCAAGGAACUUCCGAUGGGAUUCUGUCUCUGGUCUACGGGUGUGUCGCAGACAGAAUUUUGUCAACGCAUAUCCAAACAACUCGGCAGCGUUCAAACCAACCGCCACGCUCUUGAGACCGAUACCCACCUUCGUCUCAAAGGUACACCUCUAGGGGAUGUUUAUGCCAUCGGAGACUGCUCGACUGUGCAGAACAACGUCGCAGACCAUCUGGUAACCUUCCUCCGCACCCUCGCGUGGGAGAAGGGACAAGAUCCAGAAACCGUCCAUCUCACAUUCAGCGAGUGGCGCGACGUAGCCCAUAAAGUCCGCAAGCGCUUUCCUCAAGCCGCCGAACACCUCAAGCGCCUGGACAAGCUCUUCGCUGCCUACGACAAGGACCAAUCGGGGACCCUCGAUUUCGGCGAGAUGCGCGAACUGCUGAUGCAAAUCGACAGCAAACUCACCUCGCUUCCAGCAACGGCCCAGCGCGCACACCAGCAAGGUCAGUACCUCGGCCACAAGUUCAACAAGAUGGCACAAGCCGCCCCUGGCUUGAAGGCGAACGACAUCCGCGACGGCGACCUAGACGGGGCCGUCUACAAAGCCUUUGAAUACCACAACCUCGGCAGCCUGGCCUACGUGGGGAACUCGGCCGUCUUUGACUUUGGCGGCGGCUGGAACUUUUCCGGUGGCCUGUGGGCCGUGUAUGCCUGGCGAAGCAUCUAUUUCGCGCAGAGCGUGAGUCUGCGGACGAGGAUCCUGCUGGCUAUGGAUUGGGCCAAGAGGGCACUCUUUGGAAGGGAUCUCAUGAACUGGUAA